AUGGACACGACCAUGCUGCAGACCCCGAGGACGGCUGGCCGCUCGCGUUUCUCAAAAGCGCUGCCUAUGCCACCCCCUCCGCAAGAAACUUCCCAGGCCGCUUCGCCAGCUUAUACAGUGCCUCGAAAACUACCAGAUCUGCCCAACGUGGCGACUUCAACGGCUUUCCCACCCAGGAUGGAUAGUGUGGGUGCUCGGUUCGCACCCAGACCUCAAGAGCUACCAUUGCCGGCGCUUCCGGCAAAAGCAUCAGAGCCAGAACUCCAAAAGAAGAUGCCGCCGAUACCGAGGAAAGCGGUAGGAUCACCGCCGGCUGUGGGAUCAUUGCCACCACCACCAGCCCAGCCUGCCCAGACAGAGAUGGCGGAUGCAAAAAAACUAAAGCGUGUCUCCUCCAUCUCGAGUCUGUUGUCAGCAUACUCAAACACUUCCUCAGACUCUGUACAUAGAUCCUCACAAGGAAGUUCAGUCACCAAGGGGAGCGUGGCUUCCCUCUCACCAGAGAGGGAGGCAGGGCGUGGGGAAGUGAGGGAGCAUGGCGCAAAAGCGUACAAGGCAUACAGCAGGAGUCCGUAUGAGGAGCCGUCGCCCGAGGAAAAGGAGAUCAUGAUGCAUGAACCGUUGCCGCUGCCUCCGCCAAUGAAGGAAGCAUCAAGGCCGAUCACACCACGCGUCGGACUACCCUCAACGCCACGACCGGGAAUGGCACCCUCGCCCCAGAUCACUGACGACUCGUCGAGCCAGGUGACUCUGACGAGCGCAUCGCCGCCGAGGCGGGAGAUCUGGCGGAGAAGAGCAUCCUCCAAGUCGGAUCGUAACAUAGCGGUAGCUCAGCUCAACUUGGGCCUAAGUAAUGGGUCAACGGCGGAAACCACGGCGCCGCCAGCGGCACCCAGAACGUCGCAAGAGUCCUUAGCGGAUCCGAUGAUGGCGAUACCGAGCGAGACCAUCAAUAAGGCGUCACCGCUACCGCCUAAAGCAAGCUCUGCCUUACCAGGUCGCAACGUCAAGCCACUACCGCGGCAACCAGAGGUGCAGACCACAGUUGCGCCUCCGAAGCCUCCUAAGGACUCGCCGACACAGAAGAGUGAAGCGGCACCUCUGUCCGCCCAGCAAGUCAAAGCAACCAUGAGUGCGGCUUCACCACUGUCGUCGCCCGAGCCACCGGCCAAGUCAAUCAGGCGCCGCGAGGUAGGCUCGAAAACCAGCACUCAGCCCAUGCAGGCUCAACAAGAAGCCAGCCCCGCUCAGCAUUUGCGGGAAGCCAGGAGCGCGAUCAGUCUGAGAUCGGAAGCCGAACGGAGCGAGCGCAUUCAGCGGGAGGCGGCACAGGAGAAGUUCCCCGAAGAACUCCAACAGUUCCAAGAGAGCGCGGCCGCAGCGGCUCUUUCAUCGCCUCGAGCCCGUCGCCCUUCGAACCCUCCUCAAGCACCCCGGCUGGCCGCGGCACCCCAGCUGACCGUCACGUCACCGAGGGCAAGAGCAGCCCCGAGGGUUCCGGUGGAGUACAAGGACCAGGAGCCCCUGCAGCUCACGCCCCAAGAAGAAAGGAGUCUUUCAGAUGCCAUCAGCAGGGUGGUGAACCGCGAGAACUGGAACUGGGCGCAGGCGAGCCCGAACAAGCAAGGUGUCUGGCCGUGCAAGGAACUCACUAGCGAUCACAUAGCAUGCCUGUCUGACCACAGGCGCUGGCUGCACAUGGAGAACUCGUCCGUCCCGAUCGCCUGCAUGCUCUGCCACGAGGGCGAACGGGGCCACCGCCGCUUGUGCAAGACCUGCGGCAUCCGGGUCUGUGUCGGCUGCGCGGACGUCCUCACUGGGCGCAAAAUCGGGGAGCUGGACUUUGAUUCAUUGGCCGGCAAGACCCAAGACAUGGGCAAGAGCAAGGGUGUGGCGACCGCUGCACAAUAG